GCGCUCCAGUCAUGAGUGAUUUCCUUCCCCAUGGACUUCCAAAGCUUGCUGCAGAGAAUGCUUGAAUUAAAUAGUCUCUUAACGACGGGAAACCGUCUGUUUUUCAUGAUGAUUCUCAUAAAUACUCCCACGUUUAUGCGAGAGAUCCUCUGCGAUUCGAUACAUCUUUGACUUUCUGUCCCUCGAGAGCAGCAGCAUGACCGUCUUUAGCGAUCGCGAACAGGUUCAACAAGAAAUUGCGGCCGGUGGCUGGGACAUCCUUUGGGGAGACGUAAUUAACGAAUUCGAUGCUCUCACCUUCCUUGUGUCACUUCCUACCGGUACAACCGCCGCGUGGGUAGCCGAACAGGUUGAAGUGCAAUUGCAGAAGUUUGCGCAGAGCUCCACCGAUGUCUCUUCAGAUGUCUUACACCAAGCCACCCUCAUACUCGAAGGAAUUGUGGAAGGCAAGUGGUUGGGAAAAUGGGAUAUCAACGGGCUGGAGGUCAAGGGAGGAAUUGCCACGUACCAUCGAUGGUGGAAAUUUGGGUUCUGGAAACUGCGCCUGGGAGGCAAGAAGAGAUUGCCGAACAAUUAUCAGCCGUACAUUGGCUUGCGUGUCGCUCAAGCACUCCCCCCCAAAGGAACUCUCGCAGAUCCAAGACCAGUCCAACAAACUCGAAUUCCUUCUGAUGAAACUAAGUAUUAA